GGCAAGGCCAUUUUCAUUUUGUAAAUUUUCAUAAUGUGUUUGUCUUUUGAAUUCCGUCCAGGUAUUUAUCAGGGACAAUGGGUCGGCGGAAUGCGCCAUGGCUGUGGAAUACGCAACAGUGUGCCUUAUGGGAUGGCGUCCAUCGUACGACCGGCCCUCCGUACCUCUCUCACCUCACUGCGAAGUGAACACGAGAAUGGAUCAAUUGCUUCCGUCCCGGAUAACUUCGGCCAAAGAGGGGGUUUCGUUCUGGACAUCUCCGACGACGGGACAACGGACACGGAGUCUCGAGGCGGAACAUUUAAACGCACAGACGCUGCGCGCGUGAGUAAGGCCUUGAUUGGGCUAAGAACCAAACGCAAGAAGGACAAGAAUGGCUCCUCGAGUCAUCAUAAGGAUAGCUCCGACAGCACGCAGGGGAGCGUGGCGUCCUUCCGUCCGCGACUCAACCAUCAGGACUCGUUGAAGAGCAACGAGAGCGAGAGUCGGAUGAGCUCCAGCUCGCUGCAGUCCUCUGUCAUGGACAGCGACUUCAGUCAUCCGAGUCACCUGCACGACGAGGAGGCCACGGGAGACAUCACCGAGGUGUUCCUCGGUGAGUGGAAACAGGACAAACGCUCCGGGGUUGGGAUCAGCCAGCGCUCGGACGCCUUCCAGUAUGCCGGGGAGUGGCACCAGAACAAACGGCACGGCUACGGCUGCCUCACGUACCCCGACGGCCACAAGGAGGAAGGGAAGUGGAAGAACAAUAUCCUGGUGGCCUCGGGAAAGAAGAAACUAUUUGUGAUCGGAUCCAAGAGAAUCAGCGACAGGGUGGAGCGGGCGGUGGAAGCUGCGAAUCAAGCGGCGAAUAUUGCCAGACAAAAAGCUGACCUCGCUAUAUCAAGGGCGUCAUAUGCCAGAGAGAAGUCCGAGAUGGCAGAGGAAGCAGCCUCAGAGUCUCGAGACGAGGGCAGCAAGGCGAGACAACGAUCCAAAGAACUUAUUGCUUCACUCCCACCAAGAGGUAAUGUGUCAAGAGUAGCCGGCUUUGGGUGCAGGACCGCCAACGUUCGCUUUGCCAACUCUCUGUCGCCAGAUGGUAUUUAUGGUGGAACUGGAGACAUUAAGCUGGAUCGGAAAAAGAGUUUCUUCGGCCGACACCUAGGUGGCUUUGAUAGGAAGAGCCACAUGCGCGGCACUAUUAUUGAAGUCAAGCAAGAGCCCAGCUUCCAGACGCCAACUCACUCGACGGACAGUAAAAACCAUCCAAGCAGACUCGCCAACGAAUGGGAUGGGCGAGGUUCAAAUCCUUCAUACGAGUCGUCGACAAUGCGGGAAGCCCGCUCGACCGGUAAUCUAUUUGAUGGAAGCCCGGUACCGAGGCGAAGGGUGCAGUCAUCAGAGCAUCCAAGUAAUGGGAACCAUUCCUCGUUCAACCCGAGAAACCACCACCCCCAGGGUGAAGUCGGGGUGCGGUUCAAUGGUUACCAUGACAGCGAGUACAGCGGCUCGGAAGGUUACUACGAUGAUAGGCAACACCGGAACCUCCCCGAAAAGCGCUAUGGCGAGAGAGGCUCCGCAGAACUCACCCCAGACUCGGGGAUAAGCACGACGUCCGACUCGGACCGACUCCGCCGCGCAUUGUCGGAGCGGAAGCACGGGCUCGCUAAUAAGCGUCAACUGUCGCGACAAGAGGGGAUGGAAGACGACGUGUAUGACCAUCACCAGGGCCAAAGUAGGGGUAAGGGCCAUGGCCCGAAUGUGAGCCACGGGCAUGGUCAGUAUGACGACUACGAUAAUUACAAUGUUGACGAGCUCGAGGAGGAGCUGCUCUCACAAGCUGCCUACGCCAAUGCAAGAUUCGAUGAGGAGGAGGAGGAAGAAAAACUCAAACAGCAAAAACAGAAACAAAAGAGCAAAUUUAACAAGGAAGUGAACCUUAUAUCGGACAUGCCGCCGGGGCAUGUUCGCACAUUCGAUGGGAAGUUUCCGGCGCGUUGUAGCAUCCGGUAUCUACCAAAGUCCUGCAGCCGAGACGAGGAUUGGACCGAUCCUGAUCUGGAUGCUGAUGGUGCUCUUGCUGUUCAGUCAGGGAAAGUGAGCUGGUCUGCAAGUCGUGGGCUUGUCCUUUUGGUGCUAAUUCUCAACAUCGGCUUUGCUAUUCUGUUCACCAACCUCUUCCUUCAAAUGGAGGAGGAAGAGGACACCUGGGAAGGCUGGCCUUGAGCGAACAACCCUUAACCAACCGCCUGAUUGGAUGCCGCCAAGCAUGAUGUCACUGUGGAGCAAUGUGAUUGGACGACGAAAUACCCUGCUCCUGUCGUCGUCCGUGCUCCUAUAGCUGGUCAGUGGUUUUGAUUGGUCAGGAUCAGCUGGGAACAGAUCGAGCAACGGGCAUCAUCAAUUGCUGCACUGUGAUUGGACAACUUUACACCUGGUCCUCACCAUGGGAGAGCAACAGAGGGCGACAUUUUUCAUAUAAAUAUUUGUAUUCUUGGUUGCCGUGCAGGUUUAAAACAGAGAUGUAUGUAGAUGACUUCAAUGCCAUUUGGGGCUGCAUUUGAAUUUUUUUUGUUAUAAAACCUGAGUGUUUAUCAAUGUGUGUGAGAUGGUGUGGCUUCGAGAAUUUGUGUUCAAUUUCUUCAACGUUAAAGCAAGUUCGAGUGUGUACCAUGGUUAACUAAAGGCCGGUUUAUAGUCGGUCGAGCGAUGGUCGCGCGAUGGAAAUCUUGCGGGCAAUCCUAAGACUGGGGCCUUAAAACUGUGUCUUUUUAUGAUCGCGCGUCAAGAUUUCCAUCGCGCGACCGACUUUAAACCGGCCUUAAAGGUUGACUAUUUUUACUUGAACCCAGGUUGGUCGACUCUUGGUUGACUACUGUGGUCGACCAAUUGGAACCAGCCUCAUGACCAUGGUUUCUUCACUGGUCCUAAU